UUGAAUAUGUUUGAUCGUCAAUAAAUGAGGCCACGUAGUAAUCCCUAGGAACGCAAAAUCUUGAAAACCAACCAACAAUUCCUUAAUUUUGCGGUCAAUUGAUCUGAACGGGGCGGGGGAUGGCCGGGCAAUCUCGGAAAUGGAUGAUUCUGAUGAGCAGCAUAUGGAUCCAGGCAUUCACCGGCACCAAUUUCGAUUUCUCUGCCUAUUCAUCGGAGCUCAAGAAGGUCUUGGCGGUGUCGCAGAUGCAGUUGAACUAUCUUGCCACCGCCUCCGAUUUAGGCAAGGCGUUCGGGUGGUCAUCCGGGCUGGCCCUCAUGUACCUGCCCUUAUGGAUGGUUGUGUUCAUCGCGGCUUCAAUGGGUUUCAUUGGUUACGGAGUUCAAUGGCUCCUCAUUCGUAGAAUGGUCACCUUGCCAUAUUUCCUGGUAUUUCUACUCUGUUUGUUAGCAGGAUGCAGCAUCUGUUGGUUCAAUACUGUUUGCUUUGUCCUCUGCAACCAAAACUUCACAGCAAAUAGAUCUCUAGCCAUAUCACUGACCGUAAGCUUCAAUGGAGUGAGCGCAGCCCUAUACAACCUUGUGGCCGAAGCAAUAAACCCGUCUUCUUACGGGCUUUACCUUAUACUCAAUGCCUUGGUUCCGCUUUUCAUUUCCUUUGCAGCCCUCAUUCCGAUCCUCAGGCAACCUGUUUUAAACCAGCCUUCGGGCCAUGAUCGUUUCAUAUUUAUAACCUUAAACUUCUUUGCUGUCAUUACUGGCCUCUACCUCCUUCUCAUCCCUUCACCUUCAAAUCAUGCAAAACUCUUCUUCUCUGGUGCCAUUGUCCUUCUCAUUCUCCCAUUGGCAAUCCCGGGAAUCAUGUAUGCUAGAAACUGGUUUAAAAGAAACAUAUACCCGAAAAUUCUUCUGAGUGGAUCAAGCUUUUUACUUGUUGAUGACGAGGAUCACUAUGAAGAGCUCGAUGGUGAUGCGACUUUAGUUGUACCUGAUGACAAUAACAGAGAUGAAAAUGGUUUGAAAGGAUGUUUGGAGAUGGUGAUAAAAGGUGAUAGAUUAGGAAUGCUUGAACAAGAGCAUGAUGCUAAAAGACUCCUUUGCAGGAUUGAUUUUUGGUUAUAUUAUCUUGCAUACUUUUGUGGCGGAACGAUCGGGCUAGUUUAUAGUAAUAAUAUAGGACAAAUAGCGCAAUCACUUGGCUUAGAGUCGAGUACUUCUACCCUGAUCACACUCUAUUCGGCUUUCUCAUUCUUUGGGCGGUUACUUUCAGCAGCACCGGAGUUAUUGAGAACGAAACUGUACUUGGCAAGGACGGGAUGGCUAGCCGUUGCGAUCGUACCAACAACAGUAGCGUUUCUCGUGCUUUCACUGACAGAAACCGAGGUAGCACUUGAGAUUGGGACUUCACUUAUCGGUUUAAGCUCAGGCUUCAUUUUCUCUGCAGCUGUGUCAAUAACAUCGGAUCUUUUCGGGCCUAAGAAUGUGGGUGUGAACCACAACAUUCUGAUCACCAAUAUCCCAUUUGGGUCAAUCAUUUAUGGUCUUGUUUCAGCUAUUGUAUAUGAUAGUAAUGCAGGGAAAUCCUCAGUUUGUACGGGGAGAAACUGCUAUUUUGCAACAUUUAUUAUGUGGGGUUGUGUUUCAAUUUUGGGGCUAGUUUCAACUGUGCUCUUAUUCGUAAGAACCCAACAUGCUUAUAGUAGAUAUGAACAUAAACGGAUAUCACAAGAAUCAUAAUAUAUGUUUUGAAGGUCCAGUUCGAAUAGAUUUUUUUUUUUUUUUAUUUGUUAGAAACCAUACUGUCGUAUCAUGUAUGAAAUUUCUGACUGA